CUUCCUCCCUCCCUCUCUUUUUCAAUCCGUAAAGAUAGCUGCGCAGCACAGGGAUGCUAAUAAUGACUAUCGACGCUCAAGAUGCGCAAAGCACAGCUCGGGAGAGCCUUUAACCUAUCCGCCAAAGGAACGGUGCCUGGGUAUCAGAGUAAUGCAAGAAACACGACUACUGCGCAACACCUGGGGGCGAAGAUAUGUCUGCCUUUGACAACAGAUGCCUUCUUCCUGUGUCGCAGAAGCCUAUCGCUACCCCCAAAAACAACAGGAUAGUCACUCGUGAAACGCUCUUAAAUGGCCACGGAAUGCUGGCCACAGACGGAGCGCUCGAUGGGUUUGUGCACCUUUUGUUGGCAGCAGACACUGCAGAAAUGUCCGAUGGGCCCAAUAGCAAUCAGCAAAAGCUGGCCGUUGUUCUAAGAAACAGAGGGCUGCCAGGACUCGGCUGGAUUGGGAUGGUUGCCACCACAGGCAGCACUCGGAACCGAUACAGGUUUGGCCAGAAACCGUGCAACUUUACACAGGGGUCGCAGUCCUUGAGCGGCUACUGGCAAUGGUCGGGCCUAUCUCGGCCGAAAUUAAAAUGCAACUGCGCAAAUGGCAUGGCCGGGAUAUUCGCGGAAAGAUUGCACCAGUGCUUUUACCGCUGGAAGACGAAAGGCUGCCGAUCCUUUCUGUCAACAGAUGAGUGGUGCGUGCUACUCCAGGCCUGUGUGCCUGAGUAGACCUAACAAGUUCACUGAGUACUGUAACACACGGAUCGUGGCUAAGAAAUCUUGGGCCGGGUCUGAGUUGUUUUUGCAAAUAACGGAGGGGAAAUGCUGCGCCG